UCGAGCGAACUUCUGUGGUAAUAACUUUUCGCGGAAAAACUCGACCUGGCUGGAGGCCGAAUCAACAAUAAGUUCUGUUACUCGACACAUGUUAUCGUUUACUGAUUUUCUGCAGGAAAAAUAGAAAUUCGAAAGAAUAAUCGCGUUAUGGCGGCGGCAGCUGCUCUUCGAGCCGCCAAAGAUGCCGUCAGAAGCGAACUGAAGAAGAAAUUGUCCAGUCUGAGCCUAGAAGAGAGAACCAAACAGUCGAAAAUCGUUGCGGAACAGUUAUUGCAGAACGAACGUUUUAAAGGAAGUAACAGAAUAUCCAUUUAUCUGAGUACUGAACAUGAAGUGCAAACUGAAGGAAUUUUAAAGCAUUUGUUUGAUGUAGGUAAAGAAGUUUUCAUUCCAAAAUAUGAUACCAAGAGUCAUUUAAUGGAAAUGGUAAAGCUACAUUCCAUGGAAGAUUUUUCCACUCUUCCCCUUACCAGUUGGAAGAUAAAACAACCGGCUGAUGAUGAUGUUCGCGAAGAAGCUCUGGCAACGGGUGGUCUAGACUUAAUGUUGGUACCCGGCCUCGCGUUUACAAAGAGAGGUCAUCGGAUCGGACGCGGUAAGGGAUACUACGACCACUACUACAAUAGAUGCCUUCACGAUCCCAACGGCCGUCCUUACACCGUAGCACUGGCAUUCAGAGAACAGAUUCUGCACAGCAUUCCAUUAGAGGAACACGACUUUGUGGUGGACGAAGUCAUAUAUCCGGAAUAAAUCUAGUCUCCGAUUCCGGUCAAGGCGUCUACUUAUUUCUAAAAGAAGGUAGUUUAUUUGUUUAACUACCACAUAAUUAUAUAUAGUAUUUUUACCUGUUUUCUUAUAUACGUGCUAACACGUUACACUUGUCUUCGGUGAAGGUACGAGGCAUUAAUAACUGGCAAUUAAUAGACUAGAAAACAAUCAGUUUAUUUAAGAUAAAUUCAUAUUUCUUUGGAAACUAAUUUUUUCUCAUUAAUUAAAUAAACAAUUUUAUACAAACGUACAAACAAAUUGGGUAAAAUAAUCUUUCUAGACAAUUCAUGAUAUUAAUAUUAUAGAAUUAAAGUUUUGUAAUUUGAAAUCGGUCAGUAGAAUUAAUAAAAAAGACAAUUCAUGCAAUGACUUUUGUCAAAUAGUAAGUGGGAAUUAAUUUUACAUAAAAAUCAAAAUUUAAUACUAUAAUAAUUACAAAUUAAACUUUUUAGUAUAUUAUAUCAAACAGUUGUUUUAUAAUAU